AUGAAGAGAGUAGCACAUUCGGUUCGAAUCGGUUUCGUUCGGCGAGGAUUCGUAUCUCCGGAGCCAGAUGAAUAUCAAUCAUCGCCGAAAGUUCAACAACUACCACACCAACAGUCAGCUCUCCGGCAGUUCUGGAAUAGACGGAUCAGCCGUAGUGCGCCUUUGAGAGAUGAAGUUCAGAAUCAACAAUAUAUUGUCGCACCUGGAACACCCCAAAAUGUUCGCCUACAUGACAUUACCGAAGCAAAUAAUAGCAAGCAACAUUAUCCAGAGAUCUCUAGCUCAUCGUCACUUCCAUCCACUCCUUCUGUAGCCAGACAACCGAUGAGGAUACAGGAACAAACAACGACACAUAAUCCGCACAAAAUACCAAGCACAGCAAAGUGA